ACUGAGAUAAAGUCAGAAUUUGGAGAGUGCUUCAAAACUAAUCAAGUAACACAAAUAUGGAAACCAUAGGCGAGAUCAUCCCAUUUGCUAAGGAGAUGCUGAACCAGAGGCCCAACCGAGGCAUGUUGAAGAUCUACAUGCUCGGCUCCACUCUGGCAAUACUUGGACUGGUUGGUGGACUGGUGGAAACCAUUUUUCUGCCAUUUGUGGAGCAGGAGACUAUUGAGGACACACCAGUAGAGCUGAUGAUGGAAAAGAGGAAGGAGAAGAAGCAGGUGUCACACACUACCUUGGUUCGCCCUGAAGUUGUGGAUGUGCUGGAGACAGUCGUGAUCAAGAACAAGGCAAAACAUCUGGUGACUGCUGGGCAGAGAAGCUCAGCCAACCGCCUACAUGCUUCUUAAAGAAAAUCUCCUCUCAUGAUGUAAAUGGACACUGCAAUUACAAUAUUGAUGGUGGUAAAUUAAAUCACCAUGUUGAACUGGUCCCUUUGUAUUCAUUAUUUCAGAUUUGGUUAAACAAAGAAUUUGCCCCUGUUGACUGGCAAAAAAUGAGGUGUGUGGAUACACUGAAAACUGCAGGGUACAGUAAAGUCUGGCUGCUGGGCAGCAGAUACUUGUGGGUGUAAUGUGAUAAAUGUGUUGGCAAAAAAAAAAAUGUGUGUGAUUGGAUUCAUUUUGGACUCUAAUAAACCUAUUUUUCAGCUA